GAGAUCUCAGUAAGCGGUAGCUGGCUUACACUGACAUCAUUCUCACAUUUACAUUUCCGAAAAUAUCAACAACAAAUUUUUAUUGGACAAAAACUCACAAGGAAAUCGCUGGACGGACUAGCGAAUUCGGAAUUUGUCCUUGUUUGACCAUUAGGAUUCUGGAUCGCACGGGAUGGCCUUUGUAGCACGCCGGAACAGCGACGGCGAAGUGGUGGAUCGCCACCAGGUGACGGGCGGCGAUGCACUUCGUCCGCUGCCACUGUCGGACAUCAGCGAUGAGGAGACAUCGGGCUCCGUGCUGGGCUACACGAGUCGCACCUAUGGACCUCCCACCGUAAGAUUAGUGGGUCUGGGUGAGGGUGAUGGUGAUGAUGGUGACGGGGACACUGAGGGGGAACUCGAGGUGGACAAUCUGGAAGUGGAUGCUCUCUCAGGCGAUGACAGCGAUGAUAGUGAUUCCAUUACAAAUUUCUGCAAUGAGCUGGAUGAGGAGGAGGCCAACGAUGCCAUACACAGAUUGAAGUUUGAAGAGCAACUGCAUGUCUUAAAGCACUUGGAUCGAUGCCGUCUAGAUGAGGAUUAUUUGACGGAUGAGCAGACUGUGAUGGGCAAACCGGAGGAAUCAGUAGCUACUGACACGGAGACUAUUAUGAAUUCUGACCAUGAUUUGCAGAGCCUGUGCUCCUUCGGGAGCUUCACGCCAACCCUGACGCAACGUGAUGAGGAUACCAGUGAUUUGGACAAUAUAAGUGCCAGGACUCACUUCAAAGAGGAUGAUCAGGACACAAUGAGCGACAAGAACUUCCCCAUGGAGGACAAGCAGGAUGACCUGGCCCCCACAGCCUUCCUUAAGGAGGAUAACUUGGACAAUUUGAGUACGAGGACCUACAACAAGCAUUCAUCCAUCCCAAAACGCGAGAGGAGGCGAGAGCCAGAGCCUGACCAGCUGUCCAGCCGCACCUACGAUCUGAGUAACUGCGGCGGCAGUCUACGUAGUGGUGGCCAGCACGACAACUCAUCGAUGUCCACCUGCAGCUGGACCGACAUGUACGGCUCAGCCCUUCAGCCAUCCGACGGAGGCAGCGGCAUCGUGCCCUCACUGAGCCUAGCUAGCUCCACCUCGGACGCAUCCACGUACUACAAGAGUCUGGGAGAGAACAAGGAGCGUCAGUCCUUUGAGGACUGGAAGGCGCGCAAGGCUGUCCAAAAGCAGAAGAGCCUGCUGGCCGCCAAGCAGGAGCGGGAGAAGCGCGAGGCGGAGGCCGCUCUGCGCCAACAGGAGGCCCAGGCUCGCUUUCAGGAAUGGCGCCGCCGCAAGGAGGAGCAGCAGAAGCAAGAGCGCAAGAAGCAUCUAAAUCUACGCCCGUCGGGCUCUGGCAACUCCUCAAGCUCGGUCUCUAGCUCGGGAUCGGGAUCGGGAUCGGGAUCAGGAUCAGGAUCAGGAUCGGGACCGGUAUCUGGUCCUGGAGCAGCUCGCAAGGCGGCAUCGGAGGCCACGAGACAGCGACUCAAGGAAUGGCAAGUCAUCAAGACCAAGGAGCAACAGCGGGAACGGGAGAACAAGCGCCGAUUGGAGGAGAACAAGCGAAAAUUGGAGGAGGAGCGAAAGCAGCGAUCCCAGGGAGCCUGGAAGAACUGGAUGAAGCAGGUGGAUAAGCGAGCCAAGCCGGUGCCCCUCAACCAGGGCUUCGAUACGCUGCGCGGCACCAUUUCCAACAUUUACAUUAAUCCCGUGCAAUGGGUUUCCAACAUUGAUCCCAAGGAUUCAGGACGCAGUCGCUAGUGUUGCAUUAUUCCAACAUUGUUAAAACACUUACAUAGUUCAUUGCAGGAUUGGAGGGCUUAAGGACUCGUUCGAUUAAAUUUGAAAAGCUGCAUGUUAGCUGCUGGGCCUCAUCAAAAAGUGUGUAAAAGGAAAAAAAUACGUUUUUUAUUUGUUCAAACGCGGCAUUAUCCAAAUCGUUUUAUCUUCGCCAAUAAAAAGUAAAUCAACAAGAA